UCUUACACCUAAUUUUUGCUCAAUAAGCAGCCUCGUUCUGUCUUCUCUCCAGCCUACGCUCCUGAUGAGGGCACUGUCGAUCCUUUCGGUUACGCUAACGCUCACGACACAUGCGUAUGGCUGGGAAGGCGGCCAUCGCGACGUACACGAAUAUACCCGCGACCUGAGGAGACGGAAUAUCGUCACCAAUGGUCAGAUCGCUGAUACCUAUGACUUUGUCAUUGCUGGUGGAGGUACUGCCGGCCUCGUUCUUGCCGCUCGCUUGUCGGAAGACACAAAUACCAGCGUCCUUGUCCUCGAGGCAGGCGACACCGGAGACGCAGUAGCGGACAAGAUCAAUGUUCCUGGCAACGCCUACUACGAAUCACUAGAAGGCACGUCAUACGACUGGAAUUACACAACCGUAGCACAGGCACAAGCCAAUAACCGUCAACUACCCUGGGCUCGAGGAAAGGUUUUGGGUGGGUCCAGUGCCAUCAACGGCAUGUACGCCAUCCGCCCGUCAUCACUCGAGGUCGAAGCGUGGAGAAAUCUCAUCGCUUCACAAGACAACACUUCGGCCUCUGCAUGGAGUUGGGAUAACUUCCUGAAUGCGAUGAAGAAGAGCGAGACAUUCACGCCGCCCUCGCAAGACAUCCAGCAAAUCGGACAAAUCGCAUACGACGCCUCGAGUCGCGGUACCUCCGGCCCGUGGCAUGUUUCUUACCCUGGCUACAUGUUCCCGCUCGUCGGAAACUGGACUCCUACUUGGGAAACCUUCGGUGUGCCGCAGGCACAGGAUCCUGACAAUGGUCAGAACUGGGGCGUGUAUGUUGCGACGUCGUCGAUCAACCCCAGUAACUGGACCAGGUCUUACUCCAAGUCCGCGUACAUUGACCCGCUCCCGCCUCGGUCGAAUCUCGCUGUUGUGCCCAAUGCGAUGGUCACGAAGAUUGUCUUCGACAACUCAUCGGGUCUGACUGCUAAUGCCGUUCAAUAUGCUGCCUACGACGGUGCUCCGGUGCAGACUGUCAAAGUCAAUAAGGAAGUGAUCGUUGCAGGUGGUGCGAUUGGUAGCCCGCAUCUUUUGAUGCAUAGUGGUAUUGGCCCGGCCGACGUUCUCCAGGCCGCUGGUGUCCAGGUGCAGUACGAACUCCCGGGCGUGGGACAGCAUCUGCAGGACCAUAUCAGCACCCAAGUCACAUUCAACACUAAUCAAGACACCGCCGGAUCCGUCAAGGCUGCGAACGACGCCACCUCCAGUUCGCCAGAGUUCCUCUCGUUUAUCAACUCUGCGACCGCCUACAUCAAUAUCUCCACGCUCGUCGCCGACCCCAAUACCUUCAAAUCGGAAAUCGCCGGCGCUCUAGACUCCUCCGCGUCCUCCCUCGUCCCCAGUCAAUACUCCCAGGUUGUUAACGGCUACAAGGCCAUAUACAACACAAACCUGAACGACCUGUUCACGACCUCGGUUGGACAGAUGGAGAUCCUUCUCAGCUUAGUCGGCGACAAGAGCGUAGCCAUCCAGGCCGCGCUCCAGCGCCCCUUCAGCCAGGGCCGGAUCUAUAUCAACUCUGCGAAUCCGUUUGACUCGCCCGUCAUCGACCCCGGGUACCUCACGCACUCGGCUGACGUCGUCAUGAUGCGCGAGGGUCUCAAGCUCGCGAGGAAGAUCGGCUCUGUGUCGCCCUUGAGCCAGUACUUGACUGGCGAGACCUCGCCGGGGUCGUCGGUCAACUCGGACUCGGACUGGGAGAACUGGCUCAGGAACGCGAUUGGGACGGAGUACCACCCUUCGUGCUCGUGCGCGAUGUUGCCCGAGUCGGAUGGAGGUGUUGUUGACGCGAACUUGAUUGUGUACGGGACCAAGAACGUCCGGGUCGUGGAUGCGUCCGUCUUCCCCAUCCAGUUCUCGGCCCACUUACAGGCGCCUGUGUACGGUCUUGCUGAACAGGCCUCCACGAUCAUCCGCGCGAAGUACAACGGCGUUACCCUUCCCUGGGCAUCUGCGUCUCCCUCGUCAACCUCCUCCGCUUCGCCUUCGUCGACAGGGACGAGCCACAAGAGCGCUGCCACUCCCAGAUCAUCGUCCAACCUAACGAUGGCCCUUGUGUCCGUCGCCGCCGCCUCCUUCUUCUCCGCCCUCUCCGUCCUGUUCUAGAGUAGACAGAAGCCAGGAGCAAAAACAUUGCUAUCGAACAUUAGUAUUCUCUUGUUGUUUUGCUACGCAUCUCCGGACUAGCUUUGUGACGGACACUUUGUAAUGUAGACUAUCUGCUGCAGGACGCUCUCCCUUCGAGCGCCCCGAACUGUGGUUUGGACAUUUCUUACCUGUCUCUGGUACCAGUACAGCAUGUAGUCACCACUCUCUUUUGAUGCGCGAUAUACCAUCAUCUUGCAUAGUAGUCUAGUUAAUGUAACAUCUAAGGAGUAAUAUUUGUAGCUGAAGGACGUGGUGUCGGGCAGUAACACAGAGUGGUUAGCGUUCUGAUUCACUGGUGGGACACCGAAGUGCCAGUAUGUUAAAUAUUAAUAUUCUAUGCACCGCGG